GGCCAGUGGUAGAUAGAAGAGCUAUCAUGCGGACAAGCAAUUUAUGAUGUUUACGAUCUGCAAUUUUGAAGGUUUCGUCGCCGUAUGAGUUUGGCCGCGUGAUUGGGUAUACUGUGAAUAGCGGACAGCACUCCAGCUCAACAUCGCAACAUAACUCGUGUGGCGGAAGAUUGAUUCCUCUCCAAGUCUAGAGAAUUCGAGGAGUAUCGCUAGCCAUAGCCGGCUAGCCGCCUUGGCUAACUUGAACCGACGGCAACAUAGACGGGAGACGUCUAUCCAGCUAAGCCAUGCCGCCUAUAGAGAAUGACGUCGGGCGAGAGCAAAUUAAAUCUCGAAUAAAGGAGCUCAUCGAUACGAAUCCGGUGUUAAUAUUCAGUAAAAGUUACUGUCCGUACUGUGUGACGGUGAAGGAUCUCUUCAAAGAGCUGAACGUGAAAUGCAACGCUGUAGAACUGGAUUUGAUGGAGGAUGGAGCCCACUACCAGGAGCUGCUGCUGGAGAUGACUGGGCAGAAGACUGUCCCCAGCGUCUUCGUCAACAAGAAACACAUCGGCGGCUGCGACAAAACUGUGCAGGCCCACAGAGAUGGCCUUCUUCAGCAGCUGUUGAGUGGGGAGGCGGAGACAUACGACUAUGACCUCGUUGUCAUCGGUGGAGGGUCCGGAGGUCUGGCCUGCUCUAAGGAGGCAGCGAUGCUUGGGAAAAAGGUCAUGGUUUUGGACUAUGUCGUACCCACGCCCAAAGGCACCACAUGGGGCCUGGGUGGCACUUGUGUGAAUGUUGGCUGUAUCCCGAAAAAGCUGAUGCACCAGACAGCCCUGCUGGGCACUGCCAUGGAGGACGCCCGUAAAUUUGGCUGGGAAUUCGGUGAGGCAGUGACUCAUAACUGGGAGACGAUGAAAACGGCAGUGAGUAACUACAUUGGCUCUCUGAACUGGGGCUAUCGUGUGUCACUACGGGACAAGAAUGUCAACUAUGUCAACGCUUAUGCUGAGUUUGUGGAGCCGCACAAAAUCAAGGCGACAAACAAACGAGGCAAAGAAACAUUCUACACAGCUGCCAAAUUUGUCUUGGCAACGGGAGAGAGACCUCGUUACCUGGGUAUCCCAGGAGACAAGGAGUACUGCAUCACCAGUGAUGACCUGUUCUCUCUGCCGUACUGUCCUGGUAAGACCCUGGUGGUUGGAGCAUCCUAUGUGGCUCUGGAGUGCGGGGGUUUUCUGGCGGGUCUGGGUCUGGACGUUACCGUGAUGGUACGGUCCAUCCUGCUGCGUGGUUUCGACCAGGACAUGGCCAACAGGGCCGGCGAGUACAUGGAGACCCACGGUGUCAAAUUUAUUAGGAAGUUUGUUCCCAUCAAGGUGGAACAGCUGGAGCAGGGCACUCCAGGCAGGCUGAAGGUGACGGCCAAGUCCACAGAGAGUGAUGAGAUCAUCGAGGGAGAAUACAACACCGUGUUGAUAGCCGUCGGUCGUGACGCCUGCACAGGAAAAAUCGGUUUGGACAAGGCAGGGGUCAAGGUCAACCCAAAGAACGGGAAGAUCCCGGUGAACGACGAAGAGCAGACCAACGUUCCUCACAUCUAUGCCAUCGGAGACAUUCUGGAAGGCAAAUGGGAACUCACGCCUGUCGCCAUCCAGGCUGGGAAACUGCUGGCCCGCAGGCUGUUCACCGGGUCAUCCAUCAAGUGUGAUUACGUGAACGUGCCCACCACAGUAUUCACCCCUCUGGAGUACGGCUCCUGUGGACUGUCAGAGGAGAAGGCUGUGGAGAUCUAUGGAGAGGACAACAUUGAGGUCUACCACAGCCUGUUCUGGCCUCUGGAAUACACCGUUCCCAGCAGAGACAACAACAGGUGCUACGCCAAGAUCAUCUGCAAUAAACUGGACAGUGAGCGUGUGGUUGGCUUCCAUUACCUGGGACCAAAUGCUGGUGAGGUAACCCAGGGCUUUGGAGCGGCAAUGAAAUGUGGAAUUGUCAAGAACCAGCUGGACAACACCAUUGGGAUCCACCCCACCUGCGCCGAGAUCUUCACCACCAUGGAGGUGACGAGGAGAUCAGGUGCUGACAUCAGUCAGGCGGGCUGCUGAGGUUAAACCCUGCUCGUUUAGCGGGCUGUCCUGUCCCUAACUCCUCCUCUUCCUCAGUCUCUCUCUCACCUCCCUCUCUGGCCCCACACCAGGGAGCACCUUGCAGAACCUCCCCUUCUCUCCCUUAGGUGAAAUCACACAAAGAGACAACAGAAAAAUAACAGACCUCUGAUGUACGCAUUAGAUUUAAUUACAUCUGUAAUGUCUCUUGAAAGGCAUUCUGGAGGCCAGUUUUACUUUUGACCAGUAAAGAUCUAUCAAGGUCUAGAGAGGUCAUAAUGCUCAGAGGUUUUCCUCAUGAUUCAGUCUCUUCAAAAAAAAAAAAAAGACCUAUAAAAGUCCUUUGAACAUCCAUAGGAAAUGGACUUAAUCCAAGACUAUUAAACAGGAAAACAGUUUUUAGAGGCUGGCCUUAAAGAAAACCUGAAGAGAUGGUGGCCUCUCUGGACCUGGGACAGUGCAGUUAUUGUAGAGGUGAGGUGAGCUGAGCUGAUGGGACAGCCUGUUAAACAGCGGGGUUACUCUGCUCAUGUCUAAAAUCAUCUGUGUCUAAGUCAGAGUGCACUCAUCUUCUGUGUGUGUGUGUGUGUGCGCCUAUCUCUCUCUCACACACACACACACACACACACACACACUCUCUAACAUGCAGUGCUUUAUGACGUUUUAGCCCUUAACCCAAUGUUUGUGGUGGGCUAGGACCGAUGUUCCUCUGAACUUAGACUCAACGGAGAUAAAACCAAAAAAAAAAAAAAAAAAACCCCACCUGCGUCCAAAAAAUCUCACACACACACACACACACACACACACAAACAUUGGCCAGGCCCUCUCUGCUGUGUCCACACAACCAGGAUCAUUCAACCUUCUCAACCUGAAGGGUCUUUAACCAUGUGACUUUUCUUUGAUUAGAUGUAUGUGGGUUGUUUUUCUUUUCUUUUUCUUUUCUUUUCAUUGUGCACUGCCUUUGCUUUGUCAUAACAACAACUGGCAUCAACCUACCAACAUUCCAGUCAGGGCUCCUACUCUCAAAAGCACUUGGUUUUGUUUUGGGUUUUUUUUUUUGUGUGUGUGUUUUUGUUAGUAGAAAUAAGUAUGUGUUCACAUGUAUCAUUGACCAGGCUCUGAGUAGUCUGUAGAAAGACAGUUCGACUGUUUUAAAAGGACAGCUCUUCCUGUCUGCUCUACCCCAAAUGUGAGCAGAUUUGCAUAUAGAUUAGGGGGAAAAAAACCUCUCAUGUCAGGUCUUUAAUCUUUAUAAAUUAUACAAAGAGUUUUAUAGAUUCACCAUCUCUGCUGGUUUGUGUUGCCUCAAAAUGCACUUAGUUAAGGCAAUAUUAAUGCAUACAUCCAUAUGUUUGUUGCUAUUUGAAAGUUAUUUUCAGUUAUAAAUUAAUACUUGUUUGUAAGUAUCAGUUUUUGAUUUCUGUUUAUUUGCGUUCUGACGUAUGGUUGCGUGUGUAUGAUAUCGCUGAUCCCGUAGACCCUUUUGGUUUGUCUGUAACAGUAUUUAAAAGUCUCAGUUUCUGUUGUCACACUGUCACUAAGUAACGAGGCCAGCUGAACGAACAAAUGAACGUUUCCCUGGUAUCGUUUGUUUUCAGAGUAAUUCUCUCAAAGAACUUUAAUAAAACUAUGUAC